UGGAAACCUCCCAGCACCAACAAAUUUAUUUGACGUACAGGGACAACGGCCUGAAGGUUCCAUACCGAGUAGGACCUAGACUUUUGACGAUCUAGAGAGCCUGGAGAGGGAGAGCCUAGAGAGCCCAGCUAUCAGCAUCGCCAUCGCCAUCGCCCAUAAACCCUCAUCUUGCUUCAGUUGUGCGCCUCAGAAUCCCUCCUGCACCACCUACCACCAUCACGCAUCCCCCCCUCCCACCACCCACAUACAGCACACACCACAAUGCCCCCUCGACUGCCUGCGCUCAAGGCCUCCUCCUUUUGUAGAGCCGCCCCAGCAGCCUCUGCCCCAUUGAUCGCUCUCCUGUCACCAUUCGUACAGGCUCGCCAUGCCUCGGUUCUGGGCAGCCUUUCUGAAAAUGCCGGAGCCUACAAUAAGCGCAUUCGACGAGGACGAGGUCCCUCAUCAGGAAAGGGCAAAACCGCUGGACGAGGUCACAAAGGACAGAAGUCGCGCGGCAGCAUCCCUAUGCGCUUCCAAGGAGGUCAGACGCCGCAGGACGUAGUUCAUGGUGUGAGGGGGUUUGAGAACCAGUAUGCUACGCCUGCUUAUUAUUUUACGUCAAGUCUCUAAUUCAGGCACAGCUUCUCGGUGGACAUGUCGACGGUCAAUCUGAAUAGAAUCCAGGAAUGGAUUGACCAAGGGCGGUUGGACCCUACUCAGCCGAUCACGGUAAAGGAAUUGGCAAAAUCUCGAUGUCUGCAUGGUGUUAAGGAUGGAGUGAAGCUGUUGGCACAAGGAAAGCAGAAGUUGAAGACGCCCAUCAACAUUCUGGUUUCGAGAGCAUCUGCAGCAGCCAUUGAAUCCAUCGAAGCAGUGGGCGGGCAAGUCACCACAAGAUAUUACACGAAGCAAUCGAUAAAAAGACUGCUGAAGGGGGAGUCGGAAUCCAGCUUCACCCCACUAUCUACCACCUGGAGCCCUACGGAGGUUUCCACACUUGCAGGCACAGCACCAACCGCAUCACCAUUUUCUUAUCGUUUGCCAGAUCCCACGAGCCGAAAAGACUUGGAGUACUACCGAGAUCCAGCGCAUCGAGGAUAUUUGAGCCAUCUGUUGAAGAAGGGCCAAGGACCAAGUUUGUUCUACAAAACGCCUAGUGUUGGAAUGAAGAAGAAGGUAAAGAAGGUGGCAAAUGUAGAGGACUCGAAGGAGAACCGAUUGUGGUAG